GAAAUGUUAUAAUUUCCCUCCGCAGGUGUGCAGUGCAAUUCGGGGAGCUCGGAAGAGAUUCUACGAUGAGUUCGUUCCCACCUCCGCGGCCGGCGGAGUCCAUCCACCACCGUCUUAUCGACUUCAUAAAGACUGCACUCAUCAACGUCUUCGUCUCCCCUUACGCCACCGUGUGCGAUUUGUAUUGUGGGAAAGUGCCCGACGAGGAGAAGUGGGAUGAAGCACAGAUUGGUCACUACAUUGGCAUUGAUGUGUCCACUUCUGGAGUGAGUGAUGUGCGGGAAGCUUGGGAGAGUGCAAGGAAGGCUUACACCUCCGAGUUUCUUGAAUUGGAUCCUUGCAUUGAUGAUGUAGACUUACAUUGGAAGAACAAGGAGAAUCAGGCUGACAUUGUUUUCUGCAUGCAGCAUUUGCCGUUAUGUGUUGAAACUGAGGAUAAAGUGAGGAAACUUCUGCACAAUAUCUCAUCUUUGCUGAAACCGGGGGGCUAUUUUCUCGGUAUAAUUCCUGACUCAUCCACCAUCUGGGCAAAGUACCAGAAAAAUGUUGAAGCAUACCACAGUAAGGGUGGUGGAAUGAAGCCUAACAUUUUUCCAAACUGUAUUAGAUCUGACAGCUAUAUGAUCACUUUUGAAGUCGAGGAAGAGAAGUUCCCAUUUUUCGGUAAAAAGUACCAGCUGAAAUUUGCGGGUGAUGCGACUGCUGAAACUCAAUACCUCGUCCACUUCCCAAGUUUGAUCAGGUUGGCUAGAGAGGCUGGUCUUGAUUACGUGGAGAUACAAAACUUGACUGAGUUUUAUGAUGACAACAGACCGCAAUUGGCAGGCAUGCUGAUGGAUGCUGGACAUAAUGUCAUUGAUCAAAGAGGACGGCUUCUUCCGAGAUCAUAUGAUGUUUUAGGUCUAUACACUACUUUUAUCUUUCAAAAGCCGGAUCCUGAUAUUACCCCUCCUCUCAUGACACCGAUACUGGAAGAUACAAGCCACAAUCAUGAUAAGAGAGACUGGCAACAGGUUCCCUGGAGAGACGAAGACAAGCCCACACCUGCGCCUGUCCCCGUGCCCGCCCCUGUCCCUGUCUCCAUCCCUGUGGCAAUACCUGAAUCAAGUUCAAAUCUAAGUAAGAUUGCUGAACAGAAGGGCAUACUCGGCCCGGGUCCAGCAGAGUUGCGGUUUCCGGAAGCUAUCUAAAAUUGGCAGAAAAAACUAGCAAAGGUAUGCAUUCCCAUUGUAGACAUCCAACAUAGAAUAAUUAUUACUACAUUGACUAAAUUUGAGGUUAUGCCUUGCCUGUUUUUGUGUAUAUAAUUAAUUGUUUUUGUUGUACCAUUAAUAUAUACUGUGAUCGAUCAUUACUAGGACAACUUAAUUUACUUUGUAUUGACAUUUCUAAUAGUAUUAUUAGUUG